AUGUGUUUAUACGAUAGUGGAGGUGUGAUUACGGAUUAGGAAAGCCCAGCCCAAUCCGGCCCAACUCAUGGUAACUGUAACCGGCAGCAGCGGCACGUUCAGCGGAGUAGUCACCGUCGUCUGUCACACCGCUACUUGUCGUUGUCUUUGUUUGUGAUACUCCUUCCCUUUUCUUCUCAAUUUACAUUGACUUUUGCCUCACUCAUUGCCUGCUACCAUGGUGUCGGUUGCUCAUUCAGCCCUACUUCUUCCGAGUGUUGGUUACGGUUCCCGAAGCGCCUCCGUCUCCAGAUCCAGCUGGAGCCACCGUCCUCUCGCCGUCACCGUCAAAUGCUCUGCUCAAUCUCCUUCUCUAGUUGCGGAGAAGUUUCUCGAAGCUUCCAAGAACGGGAACGUGAUUCCUCUCCACCGAUGCAUAUUUUCUGAUCACCUCACUCCUGUCCUUGCGUACCGUUGUUUGGUUAAGGAGGACGAGAGAGAUGCUCCUAGCUUUCUCUUCGAAUCGGUGGAGCCAGGCCAGCUUUCUAGCAUCGGACGGUACAGUGUGGUUGGAGCACAACCGUGUAUGGAGAUUGUGGCGAAAGAGAACGUGGUUACUGUUAUGGACCACGCGGAUGGGCGCAGGAGUGAGGAAAUUGCUGAGGAUCCGAUGGUGAUUCCUCGUAGGAUCAUGGAGAAGUGGACGCCUCAACUCAUGGAUGAGCUUCCCGAAGCGUUUUGUGGAGGUUGGGUAGGCUAUUUCUCUUAUGAUACAAUGCGCUAUGUUGAAAAGAAGAAACUUCCAUUUUCUAAUGCUCCAGUUGAUGACAGAAACCUUCCUGAUGUUCAUCUGGGCCUUUAUGAUAAUGUGAUUGUGUUUGAUCAUGUUGAAAAGAAAGCUUACGUGAUUCAUUGGGUUCGGCUAGAUCGAUAUUCUUCUCCCGAGGAGGCCCUCAAUGAUGGAAUGAAGCGGCUGGAAACUCUAGUGUCUAGGGUGCAUGAUAUAAUUACCCCAAGGCUGCCUGCGGGUUCAAUAAAGUUACACACUCAUGUCUUUGGUCCAAAACUGGAGAUGUCAAACAUGACAAAUGAGGAAUAUAAGAGUGCAGUGUUGCGGGCUAAAGAGCACAUACUGGCUGGUGACAUUUUUCAAAUUGUACUGAGUCAGCGUUUUGAACGGAGAACUUUUGCAGAUCCAUUUGAAGUCUACAGAGCAUUGAGGAUUGUUAAUCCUAGUCCAUAUAUGACAUAUUUGCAGGCCAGAGGGAGUAUUUUGGUUGCUUCAAGUCCAGAAAUUCUUACACGGGUGAAGAAGAGAAAGAUCACCAAUAGGCCCCUUGCUGGUACUGUUAGAAGAGGAAAAACAUCAAAAGAAGAUAUCAUGUUGGAGAAAGAACUUUUGAAUGAUGAAAAACAAUGUGCAGAGCAUGUAAUGCUAGUUGAUUUGGGGAGAAAUGAUGUUGGAAAGGUCUCCAAACCCGGUUCAGUUCGUGUUGAAAAGCUUAUGAAUAUUGAGCGCUAUUCCCAUGUUAUGCACAUAAGCUCAACAGUCACUGGGGAGUUAUCAGAUCACUUAACAAGCUGGGAUGCACUGCGUGCUGCAUUACCUGUUGGUACAGUUAGCGGAGCACCAAAGGUGAAAGCCAUGGAGUUGAUUGAUGAGCUGGAAGUCGCAAGACGUGGGCCAUAUAGUGGAGGAUUUGGAGGCAUAUCAUUUAAUGGCGAUAUGGACAUAUCCCUUGCUCUGAGGACCAUAGUUUUCCCUACAAAUGCUCAAUUUGACACAAUGUACUCGUACAAGGAUUUGAGCAAACGCAGAGAAUGGGUUGCCCAUCUGCAGGCUGGAGCAGGAAUCGUGGCUGACAGUGAUCCAGCUGAUGAGCAAAGAGAGUGCGAGAACAAAGCUGCUGCCCUUGCCCGUGCCAUUGAUCUUGCAGAAUCUUCAUUUGUUGAUAAAUGA